AUGUAUGUAAACGCUAUAGCACGAGUAUGCUCAUUACAUUUUGAUUCAUCUGAUUAUGAAAAACCAUUGAUCCAAAGAAUGUUAGAGUAUUCUCCUAAAUAUCAACGAAAACUUAAACCCAAUGCUGUACCAUCAAAAAAUUUGCCCAGAAUUCAAAAACCAACAAUUAAAUGUAAGCCUGUAAAUACACAUACACCACACUCCACACAUGAUAGUUUAUUCCAAUCUAGUUUUCAAAAUUCUACAGCACCUAAAGAAAAAAUUGAUCCAUUUACUUCAAAUAAUAAAAAUAAUUGUUUAAAUGAUCUACCUGAUUUGGGAGUACAAUUAUUAAGUGAAACACAAGAUGUUGGUAUUCAGUGUGAAAUAGGUAUAGUGUAUUCUAGACUUCCAGUGGAAAGAGCUGAUGUUAGUACACAAUGUGGUGAUGACUUGAAUGAAGUUGAGAAGUAUGAAAAAAAUACAAAUAAUUAUUAAUGUAUAAUUCAAUUCUAUUUAUUUUUAUUUUUUAUUUUAACAGCCUUAAACAACAUUUAUUGGAUCUACAUUUAAAAUUAAAAAAAGAAAAAGAACUAAAUUUAGAGUUACAAAAUACCAUUAAAUUACAGAAAGAGAUUAUUAAUUCCAUACCAAAUAAUAAAUCAAAAGAAACACAUGAAAUUGAAUUUAAUAAAGUGUUGUCAGGAAUUUUUACCGAAACACAAAUAAAAUUACUUUUAUAUCUCAACAAAAAAGUAUACAAGUGGACAGAAAAUGAUAUA